CUGGCGGUACUGACUUGGGCGUGAAUCCAAAAGGGUCUGUUUAUGUUCAWCUCUGUURGAAAAUCUGAAGUUUCAGCCAUCAUUUCCCUAAUCAAGUAAUAAAACUAUGUCUGCUGAAAUUCAAGUAUAUAUUUCUGGUUCRUCWGGUAGCCAAGAGAUCAAGAAGAAACAACAAAGAAUCAUAAUGAUCUUGGACGGCAUCAAAUGUAACUACUCACAAGUUGAUAUUUCAAGUGAUUCUGAUGCAAAGGACAAGAUGCGUGAAAUCGUUGGUGAUCCUCAUGCUCUCCCCCCUCAAAUUUGUAGAGGCGACAGUUAUUGUGGGAAUUAUGAAGCAUUUGAUGAAGCUGUUGAAUCCGAGACGUUGAAAGAAUUCCUGGGCAUUUGAUGUACUUAUUUAACACUGGUCGAACUCCAACCACAUUCUACAUACAGCUAGCAUGAGUAGUUAGUUCUUUUAGUCAUUCACAGUCAAAAACUUUAAAAAACAAUUGUUAAGGAUAUAGCACUUUAUUUAACUUUGCCAAAGAAAAUGAUAAAUAAAUAAUAACAAUUGUAUCAAAUAUGCACACUUUCUGAAAAUAUAGAGCCAAAACCAACGUAGAUCCCAAAAUUUGUAAGGAUAUUUUGAAACUGAUCAAAGAUAGUUUCAAGAAGUAUCCCAAUGCCAAAAGUACAGGGAAUAUGUAUACUAGCUAGUAUACAAUAGGUUUAACUGUCAGCAAGUAACACACACUUAUUAGUAUUUUUUCAAAGUAACUUAAUCUAUAUUGGACCCAAAUAAAAAUUUUGUCAACUAUA